UUCAUCAUGUCUGCAAAAGAGAGACAAAAAGGAAAGGUGACUAAAGACAGCGUUACCUUGCUACCUUGCUUCUAUUUCCUUGAGUUUCCUAUCCUGGCUUCUUCUGUGGUCAGCCUGUACUUCCUGGAGCUAACGGACGUGUUCAAGCCAGUGCGCUCCGGCUACAGCUGCAACGAUCGCAGCCUGAGCCUGCCCUACAUUGAGCCUACACAUGAGGUCGUCCCCUUCCUGAUGCUUCUCAGCGUGGCCUUUGCUGGGCCUGCAGCUAUGAUCCUGGUUAGUGAGGGAAUUCUCUACUGUUGCCUGUCGAGGAGUAGGAACGGCCUUGGAGUGGAGGUAAACAUCAAUGCAGCAGGAUGUAACUUCAACUCCUACAUUCGUCGAGCUGUUAGGUUUGUCGGGGUCCACAUGUUUGGGCUUUGUGCCACGGCUCUCAUAACAGACAUCAUCCAGUUGUCGACCGGUUACCACGCACCGUACUUCCUUACGGUCUGCAAGCCCAACUACACCACGCUCAACACUUCCUGUGAUGAAAACACCUUCAUCAUGGACGACAUCUGCUCUGGAACUGAUCCAGCCGUCAUAAACAGUGGCAGAAAAUCAUUUCCAUCCCAGCAUGCAACACUAGCUGCAUUUGCUGCUGUCUACAUUUCCAUGUACUUCAAUGUGACACUAACUGACUCAACAAAGCUUCUGAAACCACUUCUGGUCUUCUCCUUCAUCAUCUGUGCCAUUAUCUGUGGAUUGACGCGUAUCAUCCAGUACAAGAACCAUUCUAUUGAUGUCUAUCUUGGCUUCCUUAUUGGUGGAGGCAUAGCGGUGUAUUUAGGACUGUAUGCUGUAGGCAACUUCCAGCCUGGUGAGGAUGUAGCAGGACAGCAGCCACAGCUCUCGGGCCCUCUCGGGCCCCUGACGGACCUCAGGCAGGACGGCAGUCGGCACUUGCAGCUGAAGAACGGCAGCAGCAGUGACGGCAUCUCCUCGCGCUCGGAGAGCACGCUCAGCCGCAACCACCGGGAGGCCAGCUCCCUCACCAGCCUGAAGAGAGCCAGCGCCGACGUGGAGGUCAUCACCCCCCGGAGCCCCAUGGGCAAGGAGAACAUGGUGACCUUCAGCAACACUCUCCCCCGGGUCCACACCCCGGUGCUGGACGAAGCCACCCGCCGCAACGCCACCAUCCACGCCUCCAUGGACUCCACUCGCUCCAAGCAGCUGCUCUCGCAGUGGAAGAGCAAGAAUGAGAGCCGCAAGCUGUCCCUCCAGAUGAUGGAGGCGGAGGACAACCCCUCCCCGCCGAGGAGCAUGGAAAUGAGGUCCAGCUCCGAGCCCUCCAGGGUGGGGGUCAACGGGGAGCACCAUGGCCCCGCCGGCCAGUACAUGAAGCUGGCCGCCAGCAGCAUCCCCUUACCCAGCAACAGCAGCGGAAUCGCCGGGGGCACCAGGGUCUCAGUUCCGUCCCGGCCUGGAUCUUCUCAGCUGGUCCACAUACCGGAGGAGACGCAGGAGAGCGUCGUCAGCUCUCCCAAGGGCGGCUCCGCCCGCUUGAAAUGGAUGAAGGUGGCGGAGAAGAGCGGGGCCUGCAGGACUAACAACCAGCCGCGCAUCAUGCAGGUCAUCGCCAUGUCUAAGCAGCAGGGCAUGCUUCAGACCGGCGCCAACUGCUCGGACGGCAGCACAGUCGGCUGCAUGGGCGCCAUACUCUACAAAACCUUGGCGGAGCAGGAGACCGCCGGCAUCGUGCGGGUGGAAGCCCACCCCGAGAACAACCGGCCGGUGGUGCCGCCGCCCUCCACCGACGGCAGCGGGUCGUGGAAGUGGAAGUCUAAGGAGAAAGGCGGCCUCCGGCAAUCCUGUGAGCUCAACCAUCUCAAUGGAGACUCUGAGAGGUCCGAGUCUGCGACGGACAGGAACGGUUCCACCGACAGGAGGGGCGCUCUGGAUGCCGGCGCCGAGCACCCCCACCACCAGGGCAUCACCACCAUCCGCGUGACGCCGGUGGAGGGCAGUCAGGCUGCCUCUGAGGCCAUGGCCGUUACCUCCAGCCGGGACUCCACCCUACGGAGGAAAGGGAACAUCAUCCUCAUUCCGGAAAGGGGCAAUAGUCCCGAUAGCACCCGGAACAUCUUCUACAAGGGGACGUCACCAACUCCUUUUAAGGAGUGA